CACCAGGUAACAAGAUCAUAUUUCAGACGAUUUAAAUUGAGAAAUUUACUCAUUAACAGACAAGACGUCGUCGUCCUUGUUGUCCUUCGCCCCUUCCUUACCUCGAAUAAGAAUGGGCAAUCUUCACCUCCAUGAUAACUUGAUAAACUGACCGACCUCUGGGUACAUAUCUUACAUUUUCAGGGACUCAAUCCGCCUUUCGCUUUUCACCUCAGCAUUUUGCCAUUUCGGAGCACGUGGUGAUAGCUGGUUGCUGGGCAACCGGGCUUGGCAUGUAUGUUGUGAUAACAAAUCUUAGUACCAACAGACGGAAUCCAAACCACAACGCCAACACAACGAAACGCCAAUAACGACAAGAUGUCUGUCUCCGAGGAUCUGAUCGAUUUCGAGAUCAUCGAGAACCAGAAAGAAAACAUACAAUCAUUACCAGGAGGACGAUCAGCGCGCGCGCUGGCUUCCAUGUUCUCCCCAUCACCCCUCCAUAAACUCGCGACACCAACACCUUCCGACACGAAAAACCUCAACGAUGUAAUGAGAAAUGAAUACGAGAAAGAAAUUCUCACCAUCGCGGAAUCAGAUGACCCAUUGGACGUCUAUGACAGAUAUGUACGGUGGACACUGGACGCGUAUCCUUCUGCGCAAGCAACACCAGCAUCGCAACUCCUUCCUCUACUCGAGCGCGCAACCAAGACCUUUCUCACUUCCACACAAUAUAAGAACGAUCCUAGAUAUCUGAAACUAUGGUUGCAAUAUAUCCGUUUCUUCUCCGAUGCACCCCGCGAGACCUUUGCCUUCUUGGCCCGUCACAACAUUGGAGAGGGACUGGCAUUGUUCUAUGAGGAGUUCGCGGCGUGGCUGGAGGGUGCACAAAGGUGGGCACAGGCAGAGGAAGUCUACCAAAUGGGAAUUGAGAAGGAGGCAAGACCAGCACCGCGGCUGCUUCGCAAGUAUAAUGAAUUCCAACAACGAUUCUCGCAGAGACCAGAGGAUGCGAAUGAGCCCUCAUCCCCAGCACUUCCCACAGUACGGCCUGCACUUGCCGCAAAAGUCGACCCUUUCGCUGCUGCUGCACCAAGAGAUCCGCAAGCACCGAGGCCCAACUCUGGUGUUGGAGGGACAGCAAAGAGUGGUAGACAAAAGCUUACAAUUUUCUCGGACGCGGACAAUGAGGCACCUCCUCCUGGAUCAAGCGGGUCAACAAAGGGCUGGGAGAGCAUUGGAUCGCUGGCAGAUCGGAAGAAAGAGAAUGUGAUGGAACCAAAACCAUGGGUUGGAGAGACUCUGAAGGCCGGAGGAAAGAAGAGUAGCACCAAAAUGGCGGUGUUUAAGGACGAGUCUCAAUUUCUACCACGUUUCGAUUAUCCACAAGUUACAGACCCUGCGAAGCAACAAGUGACUGUGAAUCAAAAAGGGAGAACAGAGAGAAUUCAUGUUAACCUUGAAGCAAUUUACCCUUCCCCAGAUGUUGUGGGCUCCGAACUAAGUCUGGAAGAAUUGAGAGCGGGCUCUCGAGGCUGGUUAUCUAAGGUUUGGCAACGUGAGAGUCUCGUCAAAGAUGUUGACAUAUCUUUAUGCUCUCAGGACAGCACUCAGGAUGUUGGAGUAAAGGUUGAAGAGAUCACCCGAGGAGUCUCGGAAAAGCUCGUAAUCGCGCGUGAUCCUCCAUCAUUAGACGAGAAUGGAGCAGCCAAGGAGCCAGCACGAGAAGGAAGAGGGAGAAGGAUGAAAAUCAAAGAAGUCAACGAGACGCAAAUAAUCAAAGCGAAAUUGUCAUCUCCCUCCGGGCCCAAGAUGAAGAAACGAAAAGCUUCUAAGGAACAAACAAUGACUUUGCAUACUCGAGCUGCUACUGACGAUAUUUACGACCUGUUCAGCCAACCGCUUCCUGCACCCGAAGAAGAGGAAGAGGAGGAGGAGGAAGAUGAAAGCGACGAUGAGGACGACAUGACCGACGGAGAUUACACUAGCGGUGGUGAGAGCACUGGUACUGGACGAUUGAUGACUGCUAGUGAAGCUGGAGACGAUGAAACUUCGGACGUGAAAAGCGUCAGUGAAUGGUCCGAAUUUACAGCGAGGAAGCACAUUCCGGAUAUUGAGGAUGAAGAGGACGAAGACACUCGAGCAUCGAGAUUCACAGAAGCUGAUGACGAAGCUUUGGAAGCCAUCGAAGUCGAAAUUCCUGUGGAUGAGAGCGAUGGAAACCAGGAUCCCGAGGUCAUCACCCCAAUAUCGCCUGAGCUCCCAUCAAUUGCGCGGACCUCGUUUGUUCCAAUACCUCCAGAAGACUACGAACCACCUCUGCGACCGUAUCGAGAUGCGGCUCAAGUGUCACAGAACAGACUUCCGUUCAUGACGCCGAUUGCUGAAAAGACCGAGUCUUCUUUAGGACUUCCUACGAUGCGCCAGGACAAGGACUACUUUACUUCCAAAACACCCACCAAGGAGAACGGGUCCAAAAAGCCACCUGUUCGUCUCGGUGAUGGUCUGGGAAGCAGUCCGUUCAGGGAAAUCAUCAACGAAUCAACACCUGUUGAGAGAAUUGCUCCACCUCAGCUUGGUAGAAGCACCAAAACAAACAAGACGACUGCUAUUGCGGCCAAAGUUCAAGCAAGUGGUGGACCACUGGCGAAAGAGAUCGCCCCCAAGGGACCAAUAAUCAAGGAUGCCCAAUGCAAUCCUGUGGACGAUUAUACCAGAAACAUGAUUUUCGAAGCUCUUCAGCCACCUCUUACUACCUAUGAAGGCUAUUUCGAUCACAAGGACGAAAAUCUCGGUCGAACUGCGGAGAUCAAGAAAUAUGCAAAAGCAGCAUCGAAAAUGCACAAAAAUGCUAGCGAAAAGACUGCUACAAACCUGGCUAUGCCGCCCAUCCUGCGAUUUCCAGGAGCAGAAAGGCAAUACAUGGUUAAGCGAGAACUAGGAGCUGGUGCAUUUGCACCAGUAUACUUACUCGAGAAUAUCGCCGCAGAAGAAGAUGUCGAGCACGACGAGAACCAAAAACCACAAAUGGGCAAAGGAGCUUUUGAUGCCUAUGCUAGAAAGAACCUCGAAGCUCUCAAGAUGGAAGACCCGCCAUCAGCCUGGGAAUUCUACAUAAUGCGCCAAGCAAAACGACGACUCGGCGUCUCUCGGGCAGCCGAAAGCGUUAUCAAUGUUUACGAAAUGCAUCUCUAUGCCGACGAAUGCUACCUGAUAGAAGAAUUCCGCGACCAAGGCACACUCCUGGACGUUAUCAACCUGGCUCGCAUGGAAACAAAACCUUCAGCAGCAGGACCUGGCGUUAUGGACGAGUCCCUCGUCAUGUUUUUCGCCAUCGAACUCCUCCGCACAAUCGAAGCUCUACAUUCCAAAGGAAUACUCCACGGUGACCUCAAAGCAGACAACUGUCUAGUGCGCUUAGAUCAAAUCCCCGACUCCGACGUCUGGUCUCCAAAGUACCGUAAAGACGGCACAGGUGGCUGGAACAAGAAGGGUGUUGCUCUCAUUGACUUCGGACGCGGUAUUGACAUGAAAGUUUUCCGUCCCGAUGUCCAGUUCAUCGCAGAUUGGAAGACUGGUCCUCAAGACUGUGCUGAGAUGCGCGAGCUUCGUCCUUGGACUUACCAGAUUGACUACCAUGGUCUUGCUGGCAUUAUCCACUCUAUGCUCUUCGGCAAGUACAUCGACACCAUUGCUGACAAGAGCGCUGGUCUCGGAGCGGCAUCAAACAAAACCUGGCGCAUCAAAGAAAGCUUAAAGAGGUAUUGGCAGACGGAGAUUUGGAGCAGUGUCUUUGAUUUGUUGCUAAACCCGGGAAGUCAUGUUGAGGGUGAGGAGGGGACGAAGAUGCCUGUUCUCAAAGGCAUGAAGGGUGUUAGGGAGAGCAUGGAGGUUUGGCUGGAGGGGAAUUCGGAGAAGGGUUUGGGUUUGCAGAGUGCGUUGAGGAAAUUGGAGAUGGGGCUUGGUGCGAAGAAGAAAUAAAUGGGCGUGGUAUUGAAAGGAGACAGGUGGUAAUGAUUGCAUGAUCGGCGUUUGUUUUUGGGUUGGGUUGGUGGAGUUGAGGUUGCGGGGUGUUGUCUACAUAUAAGUAUUCGAAUCACUUUACAAUAC